CGGCGGCGGGCGGCGCGCUGUCGCUGCUGGUGCUGGGCACGCUGGUGGGCAACGGGCUGGUGUGCGCGGCCAUGGUGGGCUGCCGCCACCUGCGCGCCAAGGUGACCAACCUCUUCCUGGCCUCGCUGGCCGUCUCGGACCUGCUGGUGGCGCUGCUGGUGAUGCCCUGGAAGGCGGCGGCCGAGGUGGCGGGCUACUGGCCCUUCGGCGGCGCCUUCUGCCGCCUCUGGGUGGCCUGCGACAUCAUGUGCUCCACCGCCUCCAUCCUCAACCUCUGCCUCAUCUCGCUCGACCGCUACUGGGCCAUCGCCAGCCCCUUCCGCUACCAGCGCAAGAUGACCCCCCGCCGGGCCCUGGCCACCAUCGGCCUGGCCUGGGCCCUCGCCCUCCUCCUCUCCUUCCUGCCCGUCCAGCUCGACUGGCAUAAGGCCGCCGCGCCCCCCGCCCUCGCCGCCGACCCCCGCCGCUGCGACGCCAGCCUGAACCGCACCUACGCCCUCGCCUCGUCGCUCAUCAGCUUCUACAUCCCCGUGGCCGUGAUGCUGGUCACCUACAGCCGCAUCUACCGCAUCGCCCGCGGCCAGAUCCGCCGCAUCUCCUCGCUGGAGCGCGCCGCCGAGCACGCCCGCAGCUGCAGCAGCCCCGGGCCGGCGGGCGCCCCGUCAGGGCCGGCGCUGGGCGCCUCCCUGCGCAAGGAGACGCGCGUCCUCAAGACGCUGGCCCUCAUCAUGGGCGUCUUCGUCUGCUGCUGGCUGCCCUUCUUCGUCCUCAACUGCCUGGUGCCCUUCUGCCCCGACGGCCCCUGCGUCAGCGACGCCACCUUCGACGUCUUCGUCUGGUUCGGCUGGGCCAACUCCUCGCUCAACCCCAUCAUCUACGCCUGCAACGCCGACUUCCGCAAGGUCUUCUCCAGCUUCCUGGGCUGCCCCCGACGCCGCGGCUCCCCGACGCCCGGCGGCGAGACCGCCCACCUCAGCCGCGAGCUCCUCUCCUACCACCGGGACCCGCCGCUGCCUGAGGAGGAACCCGCCCAGCCUGGCAUGGGGACCGGGCCCAGGUCGCCCCAGGCUGCCCACUGCCGGCUGGACCUCUCCAUCCAGGCCCUGCCCCCUUCCAGCCCCCGGGGCCUUGGAAGGGACUGA